AUGGCGUCAGUAGGCUGCAGAUCUACUGCAUGCCACAUCGUCAAGGUCCCUGCCCCGACAGGCUUCGAUCUGGCGACGGCAGUCAGCAGCUACGGGUUCUUCAUGCUGGCUCCGAACAGAUGGGUCAAGGCGGUUUCCUCGGUGCCCGGCAGCCAGCCCGCCUUUGAGAGGCCCCUGCGCACAGCAGACGACACAGCAGUGCCAGUGCGCAUCACCCAGUCCAUAUUAGAGGACGGCUCAGAGCUCAGUGUGGCCGUGGAGACCACAGAUCCCCUGUCAACUAGUGAUGAGCAACACCUUCAGAGCCAGGUGGUGCGCAUGCUCAGCCUGGCCCCGGCCGAUGUCGAGGUUGUGGCAGCGCUGCAGCGCAUGCAUGCGGAGGCCAAGGCCGCCAGCUUUGGCCACAUGUUCCGGUCGCCCACUCUCUGGGAGGACAUGGUCAAAAGCAUCACACUGUGCAACUGCGGGUGGGGCCGCACGAUCAGCAUGAACGCUGCGCUGUGCUCAGAGAUCGGCGGCGGCGCAUUCCCUACCCCGGCCCAGGUGGCGGCUGCCGGUGUUGAAGCCCUGCAGAGCCGAUGCGGCGUUGGGUACCGCGGCAAAACGAUCCACGGCUUGGCGCAGCAGUUUCUGGACGGCACAGUGUCGGGGCUGGCGUUGGAGGAGCCAGGGAUGGAUGCAUCUGCGCUGUACAAGAAGCUGCUGCCGCUGUCUGGGAUGGGACCCUUCACAGCAGCCAAUGUUCUGCAGCUGCUGGGGCACUUUGAGCGCAUCCCGGCCGACACAGAAACUGCGCGCCACCUGAAACACCGCCAUAAGCUGUCGGGGCUCAGCCCCAGAACUCUGCAGGAGGCUGCCCAGAAGGUGUAUGAGAAGUACGCACCGUACCAGUUUCUGGUGUACUGGUUUGAGCUCAGACAAGGGUACGAAGACCUGUUCGGUUCUCUGGCAGACAUGGACCCGGACGACUAUGCCAAAGCAACAGGGCACAUCAUGCGCGCGGGCGCGGCCGCAGCCGCUUCAGGGGCGGCAGUUGCCAAGGGCCCAGAAAUACCUCAACUGGCGGCCGCUGUCGCAGCAGAGACCUCCAAUACUGUAGCGCCAAUUGAUGUCAUCAUUAUCCCUCUCUCUGAGGGAAACGGCGGCGAGCGAAAGGCAAAGGGGGUCAGGGAGAGGGAAGUGAAGUUGUUGCAGACGCGGCUGCAGGGAGAGAUGGUGUGA